AUGAGAUUAUUCUUUCCGACGUUGGACAGGCCGUUGGAACGAGCAAUAGCCUGGUACACGAGAUAUCUUCUAGUUGAUUAUUAUAUUUUUUUUUUAAUAUCUCCUGUCAUUCUGACUCUCAUUCUGGGAAGUGGAUUCAUUCGGAUAAAAGAGUUAACGUUACUUGAUGCUCGUAAGCUCUAUACUCCUGUAGGAGCUCCUUCUUGGGAAGAGGAAGAAACAUUUAGUCGUCUUUGGCCUGUCCAGCAAAACGAGUUUUUGCCGGAACGAACAUUUGAAUGGACUCGCUAUCUUUAUGUUGUUGUACAUGGAAAAACAUAUGAAAAUGGAUCAUAUCCGAACUUAUUAGAAGAUAAUUAUUUGAACGAUAUUGAAGAACUAGAAAAUGAUAUUGCAAUGAACGUCUCAUUCCCUAUGAAUCCGAAAUGGAUGGGGAAUGGUACGGACCAUAUAAAGGACAAAGUCUCUUUUGAGGAUAUUUGUAUGAAUUGGUAUGGAGAAUGUUACCGUCAAACGGGAAUCAUCACUCUACUCCAACGACGACACGAUUUGGAGGCAAAAGGAAUAUCAGUCUCCUAUCCACGAGUUAACCAAAAUGGAACUGGAGUAUACAUAGCUUUUAACGUUGGGGGUGUUGAUACGUAUUCUAACGAUAGUAUCAAGAUAGCUAGAGGAAUGCGUUUAUUCUACUUCCUCCGAUUUGAUACAGAAAACAUAAAUCAUCUAUCUAUGGAGUGGGAAGAUAAAGCAACAGACUUUGUUCACAAUUAUUGUGCAGAUCAUCCACGAAUUAGGUGUCAUAUCAAACACUCCAGGAUUUUGGAUUUAGGUUUAACUAACAAUGCAAACAGAUUGAAACCAUAUUUCAAUGUUACUAUUGCCGUUCUCAUUCUAUUCACUACUUUCUAUUCCAUGAAAUGGAAUUUCACAGCUUCUAAUGGGUCUUGGACUAUCGGGAUAGACUGGCUUCGAUCAAAGCCUUGGCUAGCUCUUGGAGGAGUUCUUUCAUCAUGCUUAGCUAUCCUCAGUGGAAUAGGAUUUUUCCUCUGGUGUGGAAUGUUUUUCGCUGAAAUCACAUUGAUUGCUCCUUUCUUAGUACUGUCCAUUGGAGUGGAUGAUAUGUUUAUCGCUGUUGCUGCUUGGCACAACACAGAAAUGAAAUAUCCAGGAAAAACACAUGAUGUCUUGAAAGAAAGAAUGGUCGAAGCUAUGUCUGUAUCAGCUGUGGCCAUAUUCAUCACAUCAAUUACUGAUGUUUUCUCAUUUGCUAUAGGAACAGUUACUGAUAUAAUAGCUGUUCAAGGAUUUUGUGCUAUGACAGCUGCCUGUAUGUUCUUCACUUUCCUUUAUCAGAUCACCUUCUUUGCUGCUCUGAUGGUUAUUUCAGCCAAACAUCAGUUAACGAAUCAAAACUCUCUGAUUCCAUGUCUGAAGACAGUCGAUAUCUAUGAUGUAGAAGGAAGUGUUUUAAAGGAAAAACCCAAAAAGUCAAAGAAAAAGACAAUACAAGUUGAAAAAAAAGAAAAUUUCUCUGAAAAUGGUUCAGUCAAGUUCCAAGAUGCUGAUGUUAGCUCUUCAAAAACAACGGAUUCUGAUUCGACACAAGAGUUGGCUAUCAAAAGCCGUGGAGCAAUGGGUCAUUUCUUCAGAGACUAUUAUGUCCCAUUCCUACUCAACUGGAAAACAAAAGUCGUUGUUGGUGUUGUAUUUAUAGUUUAUUUGACGGUAGCUAUCCAAGGAAUCAUGAAUAUGGACCAAGGAUUAGAUUUCGACAAACUUUUACUUCAAACAGAUCCUUUGGUUGAAGCCUUGACUCGUGAAAUUGAACUGUUUCAUGGAGGUGAUCAGAUUGAAAUAGUUGUGAAGAAUGCACCGGAUAUGACACAAUCAGCAAACCGCGAUUUAGUUGAAAUGAUUUCUCAGGAUUUUGAGACAUCAGAGUUCUGUCUUGGUUCGAAAGGAACUUCUUUGUGGUUGAGAGAAUAUAUCAAAUAUGCUAACUUAACUGGUUCAUAUUUGAAUGAUGACAGGGAAUCUUGGGUGAUUGGAGUGUAUGAAUGGAGUCAACUGUUUGCUUUUUACAAACUUUGGUCGUUAGACUUUGUUUGGAGCAAUGCUAGUGAUUACGACACUAUGCAACUGGAGUCUUUCCGUUUCAGAAUCGGGGUUCACGAGUUAUCAAAACCGACAGACCUUGUCAAAGUCACGAAGAAUUUGAGAGACAUAGCUUCGAAGUAUCCCGAUCUUGAUAUUAUCACUUAUCAACAGAGUCGCCCGAUCGCUGAUCAGUUAGAUGUUAUCUUGCCAUCUACAGUCCAGAGUGAUACAUUAGCAUUAAUUUGCAUGAUAAUAAUUUCUUUGCUAUUCAUAUCAAACCCUGUUUGCUCCAUUUGGAUUGGAUGUGCUUUGGUCACUAUCGACAUAGGAGUUAUUGGCUUUCUAGCUCACUGGGACGUGAAACUUGAUCCAAUCUCUAUGAUAACCAUUAUAAUGAGUAUGGGGUUCUCGAUCGAGUUUUCAGCUCAUAUAACCCAUGGCUUUGUCAGUAGUGAAAACUCCAAGCUUACUCCUGCUGAACGUUGCAUAGAUUCAAUGGAGAAAAUGGCAUGGCCAGUUGUGCAUGGCUCUCUAUCUACCAUACUUGGUGUAACAGUGUUGGCAUUCAUCAAUUCCUAUAUGGUUUUAGUAUUUUUCAAGACAAUUUUCCUUGUUCUAACAAUAGGAGUCGUGCAUGCAUUGGUUCUACUGCCUAUGGUUUUAGCAACAUCAGCUCCCUAUACAGAUAGAUUGAAUAACUAUAUAAUAGAACGUUCGAAAUCUAAAAUAUCCAAUAAGAGCUCAAGAAGCAUUUACGCCAUUACUUUGCCUGUUAAUGUGACUUCUUAA